AUGCCCCAAACGCCUGUCAAGCUUGUUGGUAUUUCAAUGAAUCAAAGACUUGUAGCCGCAACAACUGCGACAGAGCUUAGAGCAAAAUUCGUGAACCAGAAUGGAGGGCCACCAAGAGUGUACGUGCCAAAAACAGCUAGAACUGUCACUGUGGCGUCGCCCUUGGCUUUGGCGCGACGCCGGUCCAAGUCUGCUCAAGAACCAAAGCAAAUAACACGCAGCAGCCGACCCACUUUGCCUUCGCCUUUGGCUGAUGCGGCGCUGAUUGAAGUCGAUUUCAGAGCCAACGCAAACAAGAAACAACAGCUCUACCCACCACAAUCCGCACAAGGCUCGAGUAGAUUCCACUGGCUUAGAAAGGACUGCAAAGAAUGUGCAAUGCAAGUGGCGACAACUUGUUGA